CCAAAAACUCAAAACCAACCAUGGACGGCGUCUGCAACGCGGAGGUGGACGAGUUCUGCCACAGCGGCUUCGGCGAGCUCAUCGUAGACGCAGACAAGCCCAAGAAGCUCCGCAAGCACGAGUCGUCCCGCAAACAGUCAGAGGACCAGUCCCGACUCCCCGCGCUGGAGGCGGCUUACGGCAGCAUCCUGCGGGAGCUCGGGGAGGACGCGGACCGGGAGGGGCUUCUGCGUACGCCGCUGCGCGCCGCCAAAUCCAUGCAGUUCCUCACCAAGGGCUACCACGAGAACAUCUACGACAUCUUAAAUAAUGCCAUAUUUGAUGAAGCCCAUGAUGAGAUGGUGAUAGUUAAGGACAUAGACAUGUUCUCACUGUGUGAGCAUCACCUGGUGCCCUUCUUUGGCAAGGUUCACAUUGGGUACAUUCCCAACAAAAAAGUGGUGGGACUGAGCAAACUUGCAAGGAUUGUGGAAAUCUUCAGCCGAAGGCUUCAAGUCCAGGAGCGUCUUACCAAGCAGAUUGCAGUGGGAAUACAAGAGACUCUGCAGCCAAGGGGCGUGGCUGUGGUUAUUGAAGCAAUGCACAUGUGUAUGGUAAUGCGUGGCAUCCAGAAGGUAAACAGUCACACAGUGACAAGCACCAUGUUGGGAGUGUUUCUCGAAGACCCCAAAACCCGGGAGGAGUUCCUCAUGAUUUCACACCGGGGAUGACGUGUUCCGCCCACUGUCUACUCCCGUGCCCCAAACGGGAGCUCGCCGAUGCUGUGAGCAGGAGUCGCCUCUGACUGUUACCAAGAGGAAACUGUUGGCCUCAACACGAGAAGCCAUGUUUACUGUCCUGCUACUGACCUCCAUCAUUUGUAACCUAUGUGACUGAAAUAAAUAAUAAAUAAAAAAUAUUAAUUAUAA